AUGCGUGUUGAGACCACAUCCUCCCAUUUGCAAUUGAAUUCCACGCAACCGAUGCCACUGAGACGUGUCGGUAGAAGGUUGAGUUGGUGCGUUUUUCGGCAGCGUCGUGAUCAUCUCAAGACAGAGCGGAGUGCCAACGACUCGGGUCAGAUGAAGGGCUGCGCAAAGGUCAACAGCGUCUGCUACGAUUUACCAAACAAGUCCACCCCUCCGAGCCUCGAAGAUGUCGAUGGACGAGGUGAGGGACCGGUGAUGGGGCAGCGCCAGGUGGCGAGGGAGGUGUUGGACUCCUCCUGCUGCUGCUGCUGCUGCUACUGUUGCUGCACCUACACCCCCGCUGGCGAGCCUAUAAUUACUUCCGCUAACUCCCUCCCAUCUAUCGGGGAGAGCUGCUUGAAAGCCAUUCAAGUUCCCUCUGACCUCAUAGUUUCCACCGAGGAGGCGCCAAAACCGUCGGAGUACUGUGAGAGACUCCACCUCACCCUUGCCAGCGCCUCUCUUCCCGCCUCUCCGGUCAUUCCACCGAUCGAGACACAUCCUUUCCAAGUGCAGCCACCUCCGAUUCUGGCCAGGAGGGUGAUUGAGUUGGGUCAACAGAGGGCCAAUCUUAUGGAGUCCUUUUGUUCUGCAGGAGACAUCCAACAGGCCAAUAGGGAGAAGGAGUCUUCUGUUGCCGUAUGUUACAAUGACGAGCCUCCCAAAGCAAAAAAUCGAAGCUUACUUGAGCUACGACGGGGCCCACGUGCGGCACUUGUGCUCAAUUUGCACAAUGGAGCCUCAAGUAAUUCCUCGCCACUGCGCAAAGUGCUUUUGGGCGAAAUGAAUGCUGCGAGCGAGGAGGACAACCGGCUGCUGUUUGCGGAGCACCCUCCGACCAGCUACUCUACCUUUGGGCAUGAAUCGUCGCUGUGCUUGGCGAGCGAUGAGACAUUGACUGUCCAACCACCGACAGCGCUCGCCGUCGCUGCUACUGUAGCUGCCAAUCUGUCACCGCGCCCCAAGACUGGCGAAGAGCCUAGCCGUAUCGCCGAUCGUGUUACCCUGCGCACUGCCUCCCUGCUCCUCACUCCAGAGGCUCUCGAAGCCAAACUUGGUCAAGGAGGCGAGGACAGCCUCUAUAAGGAGUUUUGGGAUAUCCCCAUGAACUUCGCCAACAAAGCCGACUGUCCUUGGGUAGGAGUGGGUCAAAAAAAUCGCUACCACGAGGUUUUACCUCAUAAUAAUACGAGGGUUGUUCUUCCUGCUAUCAAUAAUGAUGACAUGACCAGUUACAUCAACGCUAACUACAUUCACGGCUAUCAGGGUCGACCGCGAGCCUUCAUCGCAACACAGGGUCCGAUGUCGCACACGAUCAACGACUUUUGGCGUAUGGUUUGGCAUACACGUGCGCCUGCUGUCGUGAUGCUGACGAAAAUAUGUGAACAAGAUAAGCGAAGUAAAUGUGAGCUCUACCUGCCGACAUUGAAGCACGAGUCGAUUGAUCGUGCGAUCAACACACCGGUGCGAGCGGACACGGUGCCAGCGGCGGUGUUAGCAACGGCGGGAAAGUCCGCUGAGGACGAUGAGACCGCGGCUCGGACGGGUUGCGGUUUGCUGCAGUCGGCCGCCUCUCUACCCACUCCUACUCUCGCUUGCUGGGGUGAGGAGUUCUCACGUACCUGCUCCCCCGUCGGAGCCCAACGAACCUUUGGUAACAUUCACGUGCGCGUCAUCGCUGUCACUCAGAAGGAAAGCUACACUGAACGCAAACUCAUUCUCAGUUUGGAUGGUGAAGAGCGUCAAGUCACUCACUUUUGGUACAUUGGAUGGUCUGACCACUCUUCGCCGGAAGCGACUCUUGAGUCUGCGCGCAGUCUUCUCGAUCUAGUUCACGAAACGGAGGCCUGCCGCAACCACAAUGGCGGUUCUUCACUGCCUUCCACACCGGCGCUGACGCUAGUGCCCAAUUCCACUGCCGUUCUGCCACCUGCAUCGACGAGGUUGCUCUCACGACAGGCCGCAGAGGAGUGGUCUGAUGCCGACUUCGAUCUGCAUUUCCCGGCCGAUUUGUCGCACGAGGAGAGCUCUCCCGUUACCGCGUUAAACUUUUUCUUCUUGAGCGAGUCCGAAGCCUCUGCGCCCAACCCUCUUGGCCCCAGCUCUCGCGCUUGCCGUGCCUCCGAUCCUGCACCUAUGGCCGCCAUAGGUACCGCCGCUGUGGGUCCCGUGGUGGUGCACUGCAGUGCUGGUGUAGGUCGCACUGGCUGUUUCAUUGCUCUCUGCAUCGGCUGUGAGCAGCUACGGAAAGAGGACAAGGUGGACGUACUAGGUAUCGUCUCUCGUCUCCGUCUCGAUCGUGGUGGCAUGGUGGAGAAUUCCGAGCAGUAUACCUUCCUCCACGCUGCCCUCUGCAUGUACAACGCCAUUAGGAGCGGUCGUGAGCUUCCUAUCCUGCCGGCAAUCACAAAUCUGCGCAACCAAUUCACUGGACCCCUUAGGUAG